CAGGAACUGGAGUCGCUGUCAUUCAGCCGCGCGCACAAAGGUGAGCGCACCGUCAGCCAUAUUACCACCGCCGGACUCUGCUCAUUUCCUCGGAGGGAGGGGAAUUUUCGACCGAAGCUGGACUGAAUUUACCGGCUCUGAGGGAGGCUCCGUGGAAACUCACAUUAUUCUGACGCUUUGACGAGAUCUACAACAGGAUUCAAAAUGCCUAAACCUGUAAAUGUUCGCGUCACUUCGAUGGACGCCGAGCUGGAGUUCGCCGUUCAACCCAGCACAACUGGCAAGCAGCUAUUUGACCAGGUGGUGAAGACCAUCGGGUUACGUGAAAUAUGGUACUUCGGACUACAGUAUAUGGACAGCAAAGGGUACCUUACAUGGCUGAAACUUGAUAAAAAGGUCUCCUCUCAGGAUGUAAAGAAGGAGAACCCCAUUCAGUUUAGGUUCCGGGCUAAGUUCUUCCCAGAAGAUGUGGCAGAUGAAUUGAUCCAGGAUAUCACUCAAAAGCUGUUCUUCAUGCAAGUAAAAGACGGCAUUCUGAGUGACGAAAUCUACUGUCCUCCAGAGACUGCGGUGCUUCUGGCCUCCUAUUCAGUGCAGGCUAAAUUUGGUGAUUUCAACAAGGAAGUUCACAGGCCUGGAUACCUGACGUCAGAUCGUCUCCUUCCCCAACGGGUUCUAGACCAGCACAAGUUGUCACGGGAACAGUGGGAGGAGAGGAUUCAAGUGUGGCACGAGGAACAUCGUGGAAUGCUCAGAGAGGACGCAAUGCUCGAGUAUUUGAAAAUUGCUCAGGAUCUGGAAAUGUAUGGUGUGAACUACUUUGACAUCAAGAACAAGAAGGGAACAGAGCUGUGGCUGGGUGUGGAUGCCCUGGGCCUAAAUAUCUAUGAGAAAGACGACAAACUCACACCAAAAAUUGGAUUCCCCUGGAGCGAAAUAAGAAACAUUUCCUUCAAUGAUAAGAAGUUUGUCAUCAAGCCUAUAGAUAAAAAAGCUCCAGAUUUUGUGUUCUACGCCCCACGUUUGCGCAUUAAUAAGCGUAUCCUACAGCUGUGCAUGGGGAACCAUGAGCUUUACAUGCGCCGCAGGAAGCCGGACACCAUCGAGGUGCAGCAGAUGAAAGCACAGGCUCGAGAGGAGAAACAACAGAAACAGAUGGAGAGAGCUCAGCUGGAGAGUGAGAAGAAGAGACGAGAGGCCAUCGAGAGGGAGAAAGAGCAGAUGGAGAAGGAGAAACAGGAGCUGAUGAUGCGACUCUACCAGUUUGAGGAGAAGACCAAAAAAGCAGAGAAAGACCUGCAGGAGCAGAUGCAGAGGGCCAUGCAGCUGGAGCAAGAACGCAGACUGGCAGAGGAGGAGGCAGCCAGAUUGGAGGCAGAGAGGCAGGCAGCCCUGCUCGCUAAGGAGGAACUGGCCCGUCAAGCCCAGGACCAGCUGAAGAGUCAGGAACAGCUGGCCGCUGAGCUAGCAGAACAUACUGCUCGUAUUGCACUCCUGGAGGAAGCCAAAAGACGCAAGGAGGAGGAGGCUGUGACAUGGCAGCACAGAGCGCAAGAGGCCCAGGAUGACCUGGUGAAGACCCGCGAGGAGCUUCACAGUGUGAUGACAGCACCACCUCUCCCUCCACCUCCACCCGCCUACGAACCUGAUGAGAAUGAGUUGGAAGAUGGGGAGGAGAGCAACAGUAGCUACAGUGCAGACCUGCAGACAGGAGUAUUCCAUGACCAUCGCAAUGAAGAACAGCGACUCACUGAGGCCGAGAAGAAUGAACGAGUUCAGAAACAGCUGUUGGCUCUGACCUCAGAGUUGGCCCACGCUCGCGACGACACCAAGAAGACUCAGAACGACCUGCUGCACACAGAGAACGUACGUGCCGGCCGAGACAAAUACAAAACUCUCCGGCAGAUCCGGCAGGGCAAUACUAAACAGAGAAUUGAUGAGUUUGAGGCCUUAUAAAAUAUCUGGACCGGGAAACUUUGGGAAGGAGGGAAAGGAGGAGUCUCAAAGCCCUUGUCUGUUUUCUUUCUAUCCCUACAUCUGAGUGGUCAAAGCAAGAGGCACAACCUGUGUACAAAACCACAACCGAGUGCGCACUCGUACAUGCACAUGCACACAGUAAUGCAACGGAUUUGAUUAGUAUGAUACGAACACUGGUUCAAUAUGCUCUCAAAACGAAAUUAUUUUAAAACAAAAAAAGGCUUUUUGUCAUAACAUUUAUAUACAUAAACUCAAAUAUGAUGUUUGCCCCUUAAUGGUGUACAUCAAAUUUCGUAGCAGCACUUUACAGUAAGGUUCUAUACUGUAACAUUACUUGCAGUACGUAUCAUGAACAAACAAUGAACACUUUUUACAGCAUUUAUUAAUGUCUGUUAAUUUGUUCAUUCUUGAUUAGUAAUGCUUUAGUGAACUAGUGAUAAACAACUUGUAAUAUUAAUGUAUAUAUAGCAAUUAACAUUAGCCAAGAUCAAUAAAUUUGUACAAGUAUUGUUCAGUUAAUUGUGCUAACGUUAAAGUAUACAGCCUUACUGUAAAAUGUCACCAAUUUCACAAAUGCACACCACUGACUGAAAUAAAUCCUUUUGCCAUAAAAAACAUAAAGCUAAAUAAUAUGUAAACGCACGUGCCAACAAUGCAUCCCCUUUUGUUAAUUACAUGUUAUUAACUCAAUAAUCUGGCCAAAUUAUAAUUGUAACUAGUUUGGGGUUGUACUCAUUUCUUUGUUUUUGUUUUGUUUUCUUGUUAAUGAUCCACUCAGCACAGGGCUUGGCAGUAUGAUAAUAAUUUUAUGUAUUGUCUGAUAUUAAAACUCUUUCAUUCAUGUUGAAUAUGUCUUUUGCCAGAAUAUUUGUUAUAGUGUUUAUUUAUUCUGUCUUUGGGUUAUUUAAGGCUUUUGGGUAGAUGUACUUUUGCUUCUUUUCUAAUGACAAUGCAGAUUCAUUUGUUUAUUGAUACUGUACUGACCCAAAUGAUUGAAUCCACAUGCUCAAAUCUUUAAUACCGAUUAGAUUACUUAUUUGAAAAGGAUUCAUAUGUAAGUUCAGAUGCAUGUUGUAAAAUCAUUAGAAUUUCUGCAUUAGAUACAAACUGAUUUAUUUUAUUUUUAUUUUUUUUGUUAUGGUUUUCAAUUGAAUUAGUUACUGAAUGUUUAUUUCCAUGGCAGUGGGAUGAAGGAAGAUUUGUUUUUAGAAAGUUUAAUAAGCUUUUGUAAUCUCAGCUCACUGUAAGUAACUGAAUGGAUUUUGAUAAGUGUUGUGUUGGUGGUUCUGAGAGUGGAGAAUUUCUCACUGACUUACUAGCAGCUCUUUAUAUUUUAAUUAAAACUUAGCUUAAAAAUAGCACUAAUCAAGUAGUGUUAAGACACCUUUUACUCUGCUGGAGGGACAAAGUGUAAAAUAUUCACACAAGAACAGAGUUUGACAUUCAGCAUUUUGAGUAAUAUACAAAUGGGCAAACAUGACAGUUUAGUACAUUGUUUCUGAUGCCUGUAACCAUGCAGUGCCACUUUCAUAAAUAUAGGAAAGUAUUUUUGUUGUUGCAUCUUUUUUUUUUCUUGCCAUGUGGCAAGUUUGUAAGUCUUAAAUGUAUUUGUUUCCUCCAAAUGAUGCUGAUUAUUACUGACAGUCACUGUUAAUUCAUUAAUUGAGUUUCCAUCAUCAAAAUCAGCUGGUUUAAUCACUUCACAGCAAUUUGAGCGCUUGCGUUUUAAAUAUUAUUUUGAUAUCAUCCUUACAGAUAAGCUUUUCACAUUACUGACCAGUGGCAGGGCAUAACACUGAUUUUAAACCUGGGUUAUGAAGCUGAAUUAUGGUACCGACGGCAUACAAGUUACUAACCCAGGCUAUGAACUAGUUGACCCUUGGUUAACAAUAUGAAGUGUGAAAAGCCUAUAUGUGUAUAAUAGAAAUGAGUUGUUAUUAUUGUAUACAGCAGUAGUAAUAUUAUAAAUUCAAGUAUCAUUGAGCUUCUCAAGUGGAUUUAUUUAUUUUCCCCUAAAAGGUGUUUGUUAUAUUAGAAAUAAAGAUUUAUAAUGAACGGA